UCUGUUUCCCCCUCCCGUCCAUCCUCCUGCAAACGUAAAUGCUGGGUCCGUAUUUCAGCGCCCUUCUCUGGCUGUAAAGAUGCUGAGCGGCGUCCUGUUCCUGAGCGUCCUCACGGUCACCAGCCUGACACCGUCCGAAACGCAGAGCCGCAGAACUUCAGCCUCCAAAGACAUCUGCAAGGCGCGCUGCGGCUGCGAGGAGCGCGAGAGCAUCCUCAACAUUAACUGUGAGAGUAAAGGCUUCACCACCGUCAGCCAGUUCCAGGCGCCCCCCAAUAAAAUCUCCCAGCUUUUUUUAAACGGAAACUUCCUCUCCAGGCUGGGCGCCAACGAGUUUGUCAAUUACGGCAAUGUCACCUCGCUGCAUCUGGGGAAUAACGGCUUGCAGGAGAUCCGAACCGGAGCCUUCAACGGGCUCCGGUUCCUGAAGCGGCUCCACCUGAACAACAACAACCUGGAGGUGAUUAAAGAGGACACGUUUGCCGGUCUGGAGAGUCUGGAGUAUUUACAGGCGGACUAUAAUUACAUCAGCGCCAUCGAGCCGGGCGCGUUCAGCAAGCUGAACAAGCUGAAGGUGCUGAUCCUCAACGACAACCUGCUGCUGUCUCUGCCCCCCAACAUCUUCCGCUUCGUGCUCCUCACGCACUUGGAUUUACGCGGCAACCGGCUGAAGAUGCUGCCGUUCGCCGGCGUCCUGGAGCACAUCGGGGGCAUCAUGGAGAUCCAGCUGGAGGAGAACCCCUGGAACUGCACCUGCGACCUGAUCCCUCUCAAGUCGUGGCUGGACACCAUCUCCGUCUUCGUGGGGGACAUCGUGUGCGAGACGCCGUUCAGGCUGCACGGCAAAGACAUAACGCAGCUCAUCAAGCAGGACCUGUGUCCCCGCAGGAACGCGGGCGAGCGAGCGCAGACCCCCUCAGACUCGCACUUUCAAGGGGCCCUGCCCCCGACCUACCACCCGGGGGGGAUCACCCCCACCCGGGCCCCCAAAGCCUCCAGGCCGCCCAAAAUGCGCUACAGGACUACCCCUCGCGUCUCCAAGGACAAGCACUUCGGGCCCAUCAUGGUGUACCAGACGCGCUCGCCCGUGCCCAUGCUGUGCCCCAGCGUGUGCGUGUGCACGUCUCAGAACCCCGACAGCGGCCUGAACAUCAACUGCCAGGAGCGGAAGCUGCAUAACAUCAGCGAGCUGAACCCCAAACCCUCGUACCCAAAGAAGCUGCACCUGACCGGCAACUACUUACAGAUGAUCUACAGGACGGACCUGACGGAGUACAGCUCGCUGGAGCUGCUCCAUCUGGGAAAUAACAGGAUUGCUGUGAUUCAGGAAGGUGCGUUUGAGAAUCUGACCAACCUGAGACGGCUCUAUCUGAACGGGAAUUACAUCGAGUCGCUCUCGCAGUCUCUGUUCGCCGGCCUGCAGUCGCUGCAGUACCUCUACCUGGAAUAUAACAUCAUCAAAGACAUCCUGCCGCAGACUUUUAACUCUCUGCACAACCUCCAGCUGCUGUUCCUCAACAACAACCUGUUAAGGUCCCUCCCUGACAACGUCUUCGGAGGCACCAUGCUCACCAGACUCAACCUGAGGAAUAACCACUUCUCCUACCUUCCGGUGCGAGGCGUCCUGGACCAGCUGUCGGCGUUCAUCCAGAUCGACCUGCAGGAGAACCCCUGGGACUGCACCUGCCACAUCGUGGCCCUGAAGAACUGGAUGGAGCUGUCCAGCACCAGCGUGGUGGUGAACGAGAUCACCUGCGACUCGCCGUCCAAGCACGCCGGGCGGCUGCUGCGCUCGCUCCGCAACGAGGCCAUCUGCCCCGAGCCCAGCGAGGCGCCCCCGCCACAACACGCCCCCCCUACAAAAGCCCCCACGUUAAUGAGCCCCGGCACCGAAGCCGUCACCACCACCCCCUCCUACCCCUCUCCUUCUGCUUCUCCGUCCUCCUCUUCUUCCAGCUCCGUCAGCCCCACCGAGUCCCACCUCCACACCCCCGAGCUGCACCCUGAGGUCCCCCUUUCAGUCCUCAUCCUGGGCCUCCUGGUGGUCUUCAUCCUGUCCGUCUGCUUCGGCGCGGGCCUGUUUGUUUUUGUUCUGAAACGCCGUAAAGGCGUGGAACACGUCCCCACGGGAGCCAACAACCUGGAUCUCAACUCAUUCCAAGUGCAAUACGGCUCCUACACUCCCGAGCCCACCCAAGACAAGACCUCCGAGAGCCACGUGUACAACUACAUCCCCCCUCCGGUGGGCUCCAUGUGCCAAAACCCCAUCUACAUGCAGAAGGACGGGGAGCAGGUGGCGUACUACCGCAACCUGAAGGAGCUGAGCUUCGGGCCCCUGGACGUGAAGAAGGAGGACGUCCUGACCCGCAGCCCGGGGGCCUACACCAUCAGCACAGUGGAUUUUAUGGACAAGUCGCCCACGUCGUGCGGCUUCGGCAGCCCGGAGCCCCCCGAGAUGCUGUACCAGAACUUGGGCGAGCGGCCCCACAAAGAGCUGCCCUCGGCGGCGGGCGUCCCCCCUUUCAAUUACAACUUUUGCACUUUGCCCAAGAGACCCUGUAUCGUCCCCCCGUACGAGGCCGCCACGGCGCGGCGGCACGUCCCCAACGUGGACCGGCUGAACAAAACCGUGCUGUACGGAACCCCCAGGAAGUACUUCGGGCCCGAGCACCCGUCCAAGAACGAGCACCCGCUGCUGCUGCCCGGGAAGCUAAAAGCAGAGCCGGACUACCUGGAGGUUCUGGAGAAACAGACUGCCAUGAGCCAACUGUAAGAUAGCGUCACCCCCCCCCCCCCCCCAGGUUUUUGUGCAGCAUUCAUAAUAAUCACGCAGUUACUGUAAUAACUCCCAUAUAUCUAUCUUAUCUAUCUGUGGUCAGCUCGACACGACGGCCUGGAGACAAACACAAGCCUUCGAUCGAUUCCUCUCCAUCUUUUUUCUUCUCUUUUUUCCCUCCUAAAGAUGUAUAAAAAGGAAUAUAAGAAGUAUAUUAUUAUGCAGUUCUAUUUUUUCUCCUGGAAGGUAUAAAUUAUUUCUUCUUUUUUUGGAAAAAGAAAAAAGAA